AGAAAAGAACAACUCUCCCAAGCAGCAACGCAUCAUAAUAGCACCAAAACACACCGUAGCAAUAACAAGCUAACAACAGAGGCAGGCGCGAGCGAAAUCGCAGCAUCCGUUCGUAUGGCGAGGCAGCAGCUCAAGGGGUGGGUGUCGGCGGCGGCGGACACGGCGUCGUGGUGCUUCGCGCUGUCGCUGGUGGCGCUGCUACUGGUGUGCUCGCUCGGCGCCGGCGGGGCAGGGGCGGGGGAGACUAGGCAUGGCGUUGCGGUGGUGCGGGGCGCGGCGCUGUCGGCGCGGCCGUGCGAGGAGAUCUACGUGGUGGCGGAGGGAGAGACGCUGCACAGCAUCAGCGACAAGUGCGGCGACCCCUACAUCCUGGAGCAGAACCCGCACGUCCACGACCCCGACGACGUCUUCCCAGGGCUCGUCAUCAAGAUCACGCCCUCCAGGCCCAGGUAGACCACCCAUCGAUCGCCCCGUCGGCUGGGCAUCUGUGACUGAGUGCAAGCACAACACACGAGUGUUCUGUUGGAGCAAAUCAAGAAGGUCCAUUGCUCUGUCUCUCUGCAUAGCAGAGUGAGUUGUAGCAAUGCAGAGGAGGUAGCUAGGAACAGGAUGUAGCGGCUCUGAACUCUGUAGCGGCUCUGAACUCUGUAGCGUGGUUUGGUUGACUUGACUUCCUGUGUGUAUGGGACAUCACUUGUGAAUAGAGAAGUUCAUGAGAUGAACAUAUCUUCUCUGCUGAUGUUGCUGGCUCCGUUGUUAAUUUGCGAGCAAAAUCUUGCUUUGCUCUGCAUUUUUUACCUCAA